GAUGUAAGUCGCUGCUGAAGAUUCGCAAACAACAAGCAAGUGCUUCUACGCACCUCCCCCUCCCACUGCGCUCUCUCAGUUACCAAAAAAAAAAAAAAAACAUGUUUCUCUUUUGCCUGAGAUACACAGUAAUGUGAAUAUCUGUGUGCUGUUGGAAACAGGCUGCUCGAAACAGAAAGAAUAGCGGACCGAAGAAUCCCUCAGUGCCGGACGAAUAAGCGACCAGCCGGGAUUUCUUCAAAUAGCGCUAUACUCAUGGAGUUCCCAAAUGAUUCCAUCGGCUUUACUGACCCCAGACACUUCCAUCUGUACAACGAGUCCCUGUUCCAGAACAACUUCAGCACCUUCAAUGGAAGUGACAGCUUCUUCCCCAAAGGCUUUAAGAUCACUAUAGCUGUGGUCUACAUGAUUGUCUGCGUGGUGGGACUGGUGGGAAACUGCUUGGUCAUGUAUGUCAUCAUCAGAUAUACCAAAAUGAAGACGGCGACCAACAUCUACAUCUUCAAUCUGGCUCUGGCCGACGCGUUGGUUUUGGCUACGCUUCCCUUUCAGGGCACCGAUGUGUUUCUGGGCUUCUGGCCGUUCGGUAAUGCCCUGUGCAAGGUGGUGGUGUCCAUCGACUACUAUAACAUGUUCACCAGUGUGUUCACCCUGACGGUGAUGAGCAUGGAUCGAUACGUGGCCGUCUGUCACCCGGUGAAGGCUCUAGACAUGCGGACCCCACACAAGGCCAAGGUGGUCAAUAUCUGCGUGUGGGUUUUGGCUUCGGCUAUUGGUGUUCCGGCGAUGGUGCUUGGAGAUGUGGAGCAGGACAACGGUGAGAGCAUCGAGUGCAUCUUGGUUCUCCCAGAUCCCCGCAGUUACUGGGACCCAGUGUUCGGGACGUGUGUUUUCCUGCUCUCCUUCCUAAUCCCUGUGGCGAUCAUCAGUGUGUGCUACAGCCUCAUGGUGAAGCGCCUCCGCAGUGUCCGCAUCCUAUCAGGAUCCAAGGAAAAAGAUCGCAACCUCCGCCGCAUCACGCGUAUGGUGCUAGUGGUAGUCGCAGCUUUCGUCGUGUGCUGGACACCCAUCCAGAUCAUGGCCUUGGCACAGUCGCUGGGCUUCAACUUGGCUAGCGUGCAGACGGUGGUGUUCAUGCAUUUCUGCAUCGCUUUGGGCUACGUCAACAGCAGUUUGAACCCCGUCCUGUAUGCAUUCCUUGAUGAAAACUUCAAGCGAUGCUUCCGUGAGUUCUGCCACCCCUCUCGUUUUGGCAUCGAUGCACAGCAGUCAGGUCGAAUGCACCAUAUCACACGCGAGGUGGCCUUCAACUGCAAGACUACAGACGGGAACAGUAAUCCCGCAUGACUAGGCGUGGAGCUGCCCCUGGUCAGCCCAGAGCCGCAACCCAAUCCAGGGACCGGAAGCUCAAGUUCUGAGUUGACUCAGAUCACAACACUCUAGCACCACAGAUACCUCCGCCAAGUGGGCGGGGGAAGGGGUUGGGCUAGGAGUGAGGGCGGAGUCAAGUUAAAUGACACGUCCUUUUAGGGACAAAGGGGCUCACUUUACAGUGUCUUAAUUGGAUUUGGAUGUUCUUGUCUACAGUUUUGUUCUUAUUCCAAAACGAAUACACUUUGCCGUUCAGUGUCGCAGCCUUGUACAGAAGCUUUGUAUGUGUUUCUUUACAACAAUCAAUGUUUCUCUUGAAAUUUAAGACUUUAGGAUUUCAUGGCCUUAAACAUACAGUACAUAUGAACCUAUGGAUUAAGUGUAUUGAUUCAUUUUGUGGUAUUGCCAAGUGUUGGACUACUGUAUACACUAUAGAGUGUAUGAACUACUAUAUGACUAUAUACAGUAAACUACAGAGACUUUUUAAGCCUGAUUGUUGUUUAAAAAAAAAAAAAGUUGAUAUUUUUCUUGGUUUGACUGUACAAUAAGCAGAAAUAUUUUAUAUUCAUGUAUGUUUGGUAGCACAGAUUCAAGCUUAAAAACAAAAAUACUUGUAAAGAAAAUGUAUCGCAUAACAGUCGUGUUCUAUUAUAUAUGUGCAUAAGAUGAAGUUAAUCACUUUCGAGGCUUUGCAGUGUUGAAGACGUCCGUCAGCAUUACCUCCAAUAUUUCUUGAAUGUUUUCUGCACCGCUCUGUAUCUUGCUUUACUACAUAUGGAUUCUUCUCGACGAGACAGACAACAAAGAGCCAGCACUGUCAUGGGUUUACAUCACAGACCACUGAAUGUGAAAAAAAAGACUAUUAAACACCAAAUUAAAGAAAUAUAUAUACAUAUAUAUAUUGAAAGUGUCAGUGAACUAUGAAGAUAUUGUACACUUAAAGCUUAUUCCUGUGAACAUUACCUUGAUAUUGUGAUUGUUUGUUUACUUGCUGCAUUGACUGGCUGAACAUCUACUUGCAUAUUUAUUGACUGGUGGGACCAUAUUCUAGUGGACUGAAAUCAAAUGCCAGCUAGGGCUAUGAACGUUUACACAGCCUUCGUGGGAAAUCGUUUUUCUUCUCUGCAUACUUAUUAAAGAGCAGUUAUUAAAAGGCACUUCUAUGGCUGUAAGACACUGAGUUUAUCAAGCAUUUAAGAUGCA